UAAGAUUGCCAUUACUCUAAAUGUCAUUACAUCGUCGAGUUUGACAUCAUCCCGUGAACGGCUGCAGAGCGCCACUUGCAGUCUGAUUACGCUUUCCCGCAGCAAGGACUCGCCAGUGGAUUGAAUUAUUCGCUUGUUAGAAACCUGAAAACAAGAACCUGUUGUGCAUGCUGGUGCAGGAAACACCUGAGGAGUUUAGGCCUUGCUUGAAGACAAGCGUGUUUGUUUUAGAACACUGAGGCUUGACAAGAUGCGAGCAAAGAUUGAAGAUGGUGUAGUAUACUCGCCGUUUCCUGCGGUUGAUAUUCCUUGCUGCUCCUUGUACAUUGCAGCGAAGAAGGCAUUACUGGAGGAGCCUGAGAAGCUGGCGCUAGCCGACGGUUCCGUCUCCGUGACAAGGAGAGAAUUCUUUGUGCUGAUGCAACGCUACGCCGUGGGAUUCCAGAAGCAUGGGGUCAAGCCCGGGGACCGAGUCUGUGUCCACAUUAACAGCAGCGUCCACAACGUUGCUGCUAUGUGGGGCUGCGUUUUCGCAGGAGCAAGCAUCGUACCUGCCAAAACAUCGCUCACAGAAUGCGAACUGCGCUACCAGCUAAGCGACAGCGACAGCACUCACAUUCUAACGGAUGUCGCCUUUGCGGAAAAGGCUCGUAAGGCGACGUCUUCAUUAGAAAUAAAGGGACUGUUUGCGACGGCUCCUACGGACGGAUUUGAGUCCACAGCCUGUUUCGUUAACAUGGACGAGGCUUUGUUUCGCGAAGUCCUCGUGGAGGAUCCCAAAGAUUGCGUGCUUGGGAUUUGCUACACCUCAGGAACCACUGGUCUUGCAAAGGGUGUGGUCGUCACCCACUACGGCUUCGUGGCAAACAUGGCAACGGCAGGGCCUUGCUUUUCCUGGGAUGCCAGCGACGUGGUGUUGAUUGCUGCCCCCAUCACGCAUGCCUCGGGAAUCGUCUGCAUCACUUUCGGCGUGCUUUUGGGCACACCUUUUGUGAUAGUGACUCCCGGAGCGAGUCUACAAUGCAUCAGCGAACUCGUCGAAACAUACAAGGUGACGUCCCUUUCCUUACCACCGACACACCUGCGGGCGAUCGUGGCGGAGAUGCAAAGCACAGGAAACCGGCUUAAGGGCAUCCGUCGCAUCGGAACCGGAGGCUUGGUGUUUUCGGAGCCCCUUCUCAGGGAAAUUCAAGAGGCAUUCGUGGACUUCGAGUGUCUGGUGAACGGAUAUGCCAUGACCGAGUCCAUGGGUAUUCUGUGCUCACCAUCCAUCCACGCGACCAAAGGUGUGGACGUUGGCUUUGUGGCUCCUUCGUCAGAGAUUAAGAUUGUCGACUUAUCGACACAAAAAAAGUUGGGGCCCAACCAGACUGGUGAAGUGCGCUUUCGGAUUCCAUCUAUGACCAAAGGUUACUACAGGAGGCCAAAAGAGACAGCUGAGCUCUUCGACGAGGAUGGCUGGUGCAGGUCAGGAGACGCUGGAUAUUACGACAACGAUGGAAGGGUGUACAUAGUCCAGCGGCUGAAGGAGAUGAUCAAAUGCUUGGACAAUCAGGUGGUGCCUGCUGAAAUAGAAGAACUGGUCCUCCAAGAACACCGGCGGGACAUCUCAGAAGUGGUCGUCGUAGGACUGACUCACGAUGAGUACGGAGAAGCGCCAGCUGCUUUCGUCGUUCUCAGGGAACGAAGUUCGCUACAAUAUGAGGAAGAACUUGCGGAGAAGAUAAAGACCACCGUUUCAGAUCACCUCGCUGUGCACAAGCACCUCCACGGCGGCGUGUUUUUCAUGGAGUCGCUACCGAGGACGGAAACCGGAAAAGUCAGCCGUAAAGCUCUGGUAGAAGUAGGUGCACGAAUAGAUUUUUUGUGUGGCACCACACACUGUGUAUGAAUCAAGAGAUCGUAUUCCCCACAGCAGAAGCCAUCGUCGGACGCACGCCGACUUAUGAAUUGCGCCAAAGAGCCAUUUCAUUAUUUUUCAAAUGUAACCUCAAUUCUCUUUAGUAAGGUUUUUCUUCCUCCGCCAGGUACUUUUUUCUUGGUGUUUUCGUUUCUUCUCGGCUUUUCCUAAGCCGCUGCACUGUUCUUUGCUUCGAUAUUCCGGGACUAAAGAUGCUAGCUGUCAAUAAUUUGAACUGAAUUUAUUUACAGAUAGACAUUAGCGUUAUGCAAAAUAGAAGUGAGGAGUGCAGACAGGACACAAGAGUAGAGAAGUGGACAACACGAACGCCAAUGCUUCUCUUGUGUCCUGUCUGCACGCCUCACUUCUAUUUUGCAUAAUGAAUCCUUACCAACUAGCUCAGCUUUCUGUCGUUCUAAGACAUUAGCGGUUACACUGAGUAUAUAUUAAAGAAGGAAAACGGGUUCACAUUUACGAAUGCGGCUGCGCAAGGCCUCGGAGCUAGCAGUCCGUCGCUCCGAUCGGCCACCUGACGAGAUCGGUCCGUCGUCUCUCAAGCCUCAGCUCGCACUGCCCGCUCAGCCGCGCACAUUCUCACCCCCAGCCGCGGGACCAUGUGUCCGGGCGCACCGGCGGCGGCCGCCGCUCGGACCGCCCGCGCCGCCUCGGCCCGACCCGUGGCCCGACCCAAACACUCCCCAAGGACUCCCUUCUCCAGGUGCCGCUACAGCGGCUCGCUGCGCGAUUUAUGGCGCUCGCCAGAACCAGUGCGCGAGAACCCCUGCGGCUCCCUCUUUCGCCGAACAGCGUCCGGACACCGCCUUCCCAAAGCCGGCGUUCUCUGGAAGCGGUAGAAGCGGCCCUGGUGCGAGCCAACAGCACAACAUUACAAUGCAACACAAACACAGAGCGGACCCCAGAGAAGUCGAGCAGGCACGCCCGUCAACCAAACAAAAAGAAUGCACACAUGAGCUUAACCAAGGCGAACAUUCACAACGACCUUACAUCUUUCUUUUCUUUAUAUUUUACUCUGAGAUAAUGGAAGUACUGAAUGGAAUUCACCGUGGCAUGAGUAAUUGACGAGAAGAAGUACCAAAAACGAAGUAUAAUUUACUGCGCGAAGUAACAAUGCCUUAGGAGACCUCUGUUUGAGCGUCACGCUGUGGUUUUGCUGUUUCGUCCAUCUUGAAGUCAUCUGAAGGAGUGCAACUUUAUAGGGACAUAAAAGCAAACAAGUAUCCUACGCAAGCGCUGGGACGCGUGUUAGAAGUUACACUGACUGAGCUUAUUGCGCUUAAAGUGCGUGCCACGGGUAGGCGAACAGAUGCGGUGAUAAGCUGUGGCAAUCCUUAGGAAUGAAGUUUUCGUCUUUGGCGUCGCCCCGUCGGUGUUUUCACACGUCUUUUAAGCGUAUACUGUUGUAUAAGUACUGUAUGCGCCCACGUCGAUUGCAAUGAUCUGCCGCAUGUCCCCAGAUGUGUUUCUAAUUUUAAGCUCAUGUCAAGAUACUAUACGUAAAUUAAUGGUGAAGCCUCGCCGCACGCAUGUAGGCGCGUUCUUGCCAGGUGGCGUUCCCGUGCCGGUGGGGGUAGAGUUACUGUAUAUGCUACCGCAGGUACCUGUGGUAGCAUAUACAGUAACUCUAGGUGGGGUAGGUGGGGGAGACAGUGUGUUUACGUAUACGCCGUCGAGCGCACGUGUGUAACGGCCACGUAGCGCGAGGGUACGUUUCUGCGGCAUGUCCGGGGUUGGCACGACGUCUGUACAGAGGCGUGUGGACCCCGAGCAAGCGGGCCAUGUGUGGCGUUCAUUUAAGUGAUGUUGAUGUGUGUGUUCCAAAACCCGGACUAGUAAAGGGGGGCGGUCGAAACGUACAUUGUUGAUGGUCCGCCUACUGUAGUAUAAACCUGAUUGGCAGAAUGUGAGCGGAGAGGCCUAAACUAAGGGUACUGCCCCAAUUCGUAAGGUUAUUUAGGAGAGUGUGUACGGAGGAGAGGGGGAGAAGCGAGUGAGCCGAUGAUCGUAUUGGAAUUACCUUAGCACUGUGCCAACUGAGUGGUAACGAUGACGUUUAAACAGAAAGCGUGAAUAUAUUAAAUAGAUUUUUAGAUACCGAAAUUGAGUAUACACGUAAGAAUGAUUUAGUUAUGACGUCGGGACCACUGGAUUUCUUUCAAUCAAGUUUAUGUGGAAGAGAUUGUAUGCCCUCUUCACUUACGGUUAGCUCUACCAUGCGUACCUGCAAGGCAUAAGGUUUUAGUACCGCUUUGAUAGUAUGUUUUGUAAAAACCGAUCGCAAAGCAUCAUUUCAUUAACAACAUCCUCAGAAGCAUCCAUAACUUUAUCUGAAGUUUUAAUUUGUGAGAUGGCUCCCCUACCAUCUCACAAAGAUCACCAGAAUUUCUGGGGGUUGUGCAUCAUAAAUGAAAAUAAAGCAGCGCUAAAGAAACAGGUUUUUGCCUCUAAAAUCUACAGUUUUAGAAUAAUGUUCACAUUAUCUGUGUUGCUCUUAGUUCCCUUCUUCCGCCAUCAUGUUAUUCUGAUUUUUAAUUCUACUA